AUGCAGAACGCCCAGGAGAAGAUUGAAGAGAGCCUGCAGGGCAUUGAGCAUGCAAUGGCAGCAGUCGCCACUGCAGCUUCUGCAGGUGAGAUGCGGCAGGACCGCGCUGCAGGAUUGCAGUCCGAUGUCAGCCGCCAUGCAGGGCAGGCACUGCAGCAGUACUCUGCAGAAGUGAGUGCAGCCAUCUGGCUGCAGCGACGAUUGCAGGCUUGCUUGGAGUCGUCCUGCAAAAUAACAGUGCAGCUCCGUGCAGAUGGGGCAGUGUAUUGGAGGUUGCAGCUCUUGGAGGUCAAACUGGUCCUGUGCAGGGACCUCCUGUUGCAGCCAGAGGAGGCUGCCUUGCUGAAUGCAGUCUCCAACAUCAGGGGGCUGCAGACGCCUGGAGGGCCCCUGCAGAUUGCAGCUCAGCUUUGGCGGAGCACGACUCACGCAGAGUUCGUGCAGAUGCAGCAGACUGCAGCCGUGCAGGCUCAUGGAAUGCAGGCCAUUGUAGUGCAGAUCACUGACCGGUUUGCAGAAGUGCAGUCUCUGCUGCAGACUCCAGCAGCCAAUGCUGAAGAGACUGCAGCUCGCACUUUGGUGAAUGCCGUGCUGUACUGGCUGAAGAAGGAAGGCUUCGACGUGGAGCACAUGUAUGGAGCCAUGGAGCCAGCGACACAG